AUAGCCUCGGCUCCUGCUCUUAUCUGCCCCCUCCCCAUCCAACUCUCGUUCUCCCCCGUCCCGCGCUCUUUCCGAGCCUUUGUUAAGAAGUAUGGUAGAUAAAGGUCCCCUGUUGACUUCUGCCAUCAUUUUUUACCUGUCCAUCGGGGCAGCCAUUUUUCAGGUGCUGGAGGAGCCUAACUGGAAGAAGGCUGUGGAGGAGUACAAGGUCCAGAAGCACAAAAUACUCAAGGAACAUCCGUGCUUGUCCUUGAAGGAUUUGGACAGAAUAUUAGAGGUGGUGUCAGAUGCUGCAGGCCAAGGAGUCACUAUAACAGGCAAUAAGACUUUCAAUAACUGGAACUGGCCAAAUGCCGUUAUCUUUGCCGCCACAGUUAUCACUACCAUUGGCUAUGGGAACAUUUCCCCAAAAACAUCAUCAGGACGUGUGUUUUGCAUCUUCUAUGGGCUGUUUGGUGUGCCUUUGUGUCUUACCUGGAUCAGUGAACUGGGGAAGUUCUUCGGUGGUAGAGCCAAGCACUUGGGCCUGUAUUUAACAAAAAAAGGCCUGUCGCUGAGGAAAUCUCAGUUUACCUGCACAGCUAUCUUUCUCCUCUGGGGUGUCCUGGUGCAUUUAGUCCUCCCACCUUUAGUGUUCAUGUCUCAAGAGGGUUGGACCUACAUCGAUGGAUUGUACUUCUCAUUUGUCACCCUGACCACAAUUGGAUUUGGGGAUAUGGUGGCAGGUGUGGAUCCAAACACGCAAUAUCCACCUCUGUAUCGUUACUUUGUGGAGGUUUGGAUUUAUCUAGGCCUGGCCUGGCUGUCUUUGUUCUUUAACUGGAAAGUUCGGAUGGUGAUUGCAGCCCACAAAGCCCUGAAGAAACGUCGUAAACUGCGUAAGCUCUCUCUGGAAGAGCUCAGGCACUACAAAGAAUCUAACAAAGCUGCCCUUAGUUUGCCUCCAAGUCCAAAUGAUGUCAACAUUUUCAGCUUCUUGUCCAAGAAGAAAGAAGGCUACAAUGACUUGAUCAAGCAGAUUGGGAAUAAAAAAGAUAGCAGCACCAAUGACGGCGAAACAGUCAGUAAAUCUAAAGACAUCAGUCGCUCCAAGAGCUGCAGUGAUGCUCCCAUGUUUAACGGGCACACUAUCCUCAGCCUGGACCGUUCGCCCCGCCAGAAGAGGCGCUAUAGUUUCAGUGACCGUGUCACUGUUGCUUUUUCAAAAUCUAAGAACUACCUCCUGGGCUCAGACAACGGUUUACUGCUAAGAGAGGACCAGGUGGAAGGCGAACUAGACCAGGACCAAAUGUUUGAGAACCAGUUGGACAAGGACGUGGACCUGGAGAACGGAGGAGAGGGAGAUUGUGGCUCAGGUAACUGCAGGGCGUGGGACUCUAAGGAUUACCAUUCUCUAACGUUCCAAAAUGCCAACAUCACCUUUAUCGAUGAGGAGAACUUCCUCAGCAAUAACUCUGAGGAGCUGGAGGACGAUGAUGAGGAUGACGACGAUUCUAAAGCAAAACUCUCCAUCACUACAUGCGAUGAAAACAUUGAGACGAACUCCAAGGAGGAGCAGAGCUCCGAGUCUGAAGAGUCCGUCUUUAUGAGUGACGGUUCAGAACACAGCCACUCGUACGAGAAACUCGUAGAGGAGUACGCAAAGGAGGACAACACAGAGUCCUGACACGUGAAGUGUUAGAGAGGAAAAUCCCAUUGCACUUUGGUCUGAUCAUGAUUCAAAUCAGAUUUCAAAAUAAACUUGAACAAAUGAUGUCCUUCAUUUAGCUGAAUCUGAACUGCAGAGUAUGACACAUAACCCCAGGAGUAUUUAUCAACUGAUCUGUUUCUUUUUUUUUUUUAUGGUUUGAAAAAGUAUAAGCAACAUUUUAUUGUAAUGUCUUUUUUUUUUCUUCUCUAUUUU